AUGGGGAUGGGUUUUUUGGAAAUGAAAAAUCUGGCUCUUUUUGAACAUUCUUAUUUCUGUAAGGAUACAUGCAUAAUAAUUUUUAUUUCAGUAUUGUCUUCAUGUCCUACUAGUUGGAGUCAUUAUGAAGACAAGUGUUUCUUUCUAAGCCGUGACAACGAGACAUUUGCCGAUUCACUGAGUCUAUGUGAAGUGAUUGGGCGCCAGUAUGGUAGAUCGGCAUCAUUAGCUACCGUUGAUGAUGCAAAAACACAACAGUUUCUUACAGAUUUAAUGAUCAAAAUAAAUUCCAUUGGAAUGUACAUAGGAUUAAAUGACCUUGUAACUGAAGGGGAAUUUCACUGGAUAGCAAACGGCAAGCAGGCAACAUACUUUAACUGGGGACCUACCCAGCCAAACAACAGAGGGGGAAACGAGAACUGUGUAGCUAUGAGAGUUGAUCCAGUUAUAGGCUUCAAUUACUCUUGGACAGAUGGUCCUUGUACAGUACCAACUACCUACAUUUGUGAAAUGGUGGCAGCAGAUAUUGAAAAUCUUCUUGGAUAG